AUGAGGUAUGUGCCGAAUUCUAAUCUAUCAGACUUGGACUGGUGGGAUAGGGCGAUUGGGUGUUCUGUGAGAUGCAUCAAGCAGGAGACCUGGAGAUCUUCUCAGACGCCCCAAGAACGGGGUGGAGCGUGGCUUGUGGUGAGGGCAGAGCAAGUGGUUUGUGGAGUACUGAGGAAUUCUCCCAGCAUAUUAAUUAUUUAG